AUGGAGGAGAUACUGUGGAAGUUCAGUAUUUCGUCUCGUGGUCUGGCUGUAGCUGCCGCUGCUUCUGUCGCAUGUGCCGCUUGCGCUGCAUGCUACAGGGGCCAGGAGAGCGCUUCGAGGCGGGCAGAGAGCCGGCCUCCACGGAUCAGCAUCAGCAGCGCCGGUAGCACCGGCAGCAGCGUCGCCAGCUCCGUGGUCAGCGUUCAAAGCGUUCACAGCGUUCAGAGCGAUGCAGAAGUGGAGAUGCUGCAGGCAGACGACUCAGAAAUUGAUCGCAUCAAACCCCGAUUACUCACAAACUCGCCAGAUUGUGCGUCCUCCAUCAGGUUUUCGACAAGAGGCAUUUCAGUUCAUGUACAGGGCAUAGAGCACAACACAACGAAAAGCAUUCCCAUCUCCAAAGUCGUGGCAAAGCAUCUGGCGGGCAGUUUGCCGACGGAUGCAAGGGUUCUGAAAGGGGGUAGACUUUGUCGAGUUGGUCGCGAGUCCGGGGAACAAUCAGUGUGCAAGCUUGUGUUGGAUGACAGCUCUCCUGGCCGGGACAACAGCAGUCGUUUGCUGGUUUGCGACUCUGUGUUCUUCAAUUUUGCAGCGAUACAAUGGCAGCCGCUUUCCCGGCGGGGUGUUUACAUGUCACCCAGGCAUAUGCUCUACUGUGCAUUCGUUCCUACUGACAACCUUCUCUUUAUAAAGGUGGGGUAUCGCGCAAUGGCGGACAAGAGAAACGAAGCGAUCUUGAAGUACAUAGAGCAGAAGACGAAGCGACUGCGCAUCACCAACAUUGCGGGAGCCGGUGUCUUUCUGAUGCCGUUGCCCAAGAGCCACGAGGCCUUCAAGGACCCUGCUCGAGCUGCAGAAGAGUCGCUGAAAUCGGCCAUUCGCUGCAGCAAAGUACUGCACGCAAGUCCCAGUGGUAGCAACAUGGAGUUCGUCACGUUCAGCUCUUCUUUGGAGUACUUCCUUGUCAAAUCAAAAGAAGGCGAAGCGAGGGAAGGCAGCGCUUUGCAAGCCCUGACACAAACCUUGCGCGACUUCACUGGAGAUGGAGAGUUGCGUCCGCUGCGGGCCGUUGCGACCCCGCCUUCAGGGAAGUACGGGCGGUCGGGAAGGCGGCGACUCCUUCCUUGGAGCGAAAAAUUGGACUUCUUGCGACCUCGUCAGCCUCCUCCUGUAGCAGGCCUUGCGAGGCCUUCGUCCGUGCGCAGCCGGCAGUUUAUCGCAAAAAUGGCUUCCAAUCGCGGCGCUUUUGCUCAUCGAUUGUCACGGCGCUUGAGAGAUCCAUCCUUGCCCCGAGCGAAGAAAAGGCGCAAGGCGAAGUCUUGUCCUUAG